UCACACGAAGUGUCUGCUCUCUGUCUAUGGAUAUUUCUGCAUUUCGCGGCAAGUGUUUUGACAUCCUCCUUUGGCUUUUUUUCUUGAUUUUGUGAUUAAAAAAAAACAGGGAAAUAUUGAGAAUGCGUGAGGGAAUUGUGAGUGAGAAAGGAUCUUUUAGCAUGUUGAAGCUUCUGGGUUGGAUGUGCUUGCCAAUUCCGUACUUCAUUUACCAGAUAAUGCUGAGGAUGCGGGAACAGAAAGAACGACAAUUUCUCCAGGGCAAGGUUGUCCUUAUCACUGGUGCAAGUUCAGGGCUGGGAGAGAGCCUUGCACAUGUCUUCUACAUGGCCGGAUGCAAAGUCGUCCUCUCAGCUCGUCGCAAGGAUGAGCUAGAACGCGUCCGGAAGGAUCUUCUGGAAUGUUAUUCUACCACACCAACCCAUCCACCUGUUGUGGUUCCGCUCGAUUUGACGGACGUGAAUAGUCUGCCGGAGAAAGUAGCUGGAAUCCUCAAUAUCUUCGGUCGAAUUGAUAUUCUAGUCAAUAAUGGAGGAAUUAGUGUGCGUUCCGAUGUUCUCUCCACUUCCGUUGAUGUGGACAUCAAGGUGAUGCUGGUCAACUAUUUUGGUGCUGUAGCCCUCACAAAAGCCAUCCUUCCCCAUAUGAUCAAGCGUCAGGAAGGUCGCAUUGUCUUUGUGUCCAGUGUCCAGGGUAAGUUUGCCAUUCCCCAGAGAUCAGCAUAUGCAGCCAGCAAGCAUGCCCUGCAAGCAUUUGGUGAUUCCCUGAGAGCCGAAGUGGAUGAGCACAAUAUUCGAGUGACUGUGAUUAGUCCAGGAUACAUCAAUACAGCUCUCUCUCUCAAUGCCCUCACCGGAACUGGGGCAGCUUAUGGAAAAGUCGAUUCCACCACAAGUACCGGAGCAAAUCCUGAUGAAAUGGCUACGGAUAUUCUCAAAUGCAUCCUGAGGGAUUCAAAGGAUGUCAUUCUGGCUCCCAUAACGCCCAAAAUUGCCCAUUUCCUGAGAUAUUUCUGUCCUCCUCUGUAUUUCUGGAUAAUGGCUCGCAGGGCAGUUAAAUUGGCGGCUGAAAAGGAGAAGGAGUCCUGAGAGGAGGAUCAGCAAAUCCUUCAUUUCUUUCACAGGUACUCCUACUGGCCAAAAACCUUACCACAUUCUCCUAUUCAGUAGAAUUUCUCAAAACUUCUCUAUUCAAAAAUUUCUCCAAAAGAUUUUGGAAAUCAAAUGAAAUAAAAAAUAAUAAAAACGGGAACCUAGGGGACAUUAUUCGGGCAUCUAAUCUAAAUCUAAAACAUAUUUAAAAUAAUCCCAAAAUUGAUAAUUAGAAGGUUUUUGAGGAUUCAUCAUGGUUGUAGUCAAUAUUUUAAGCUGAAAGCUCAAUGUGAUCAUUAUAAAAGUAAAAUGGUAAAAGUCAAAUUGUUUAAAUUAAAAAUUAAAAUAUCUAAUUGCUUUUCAA